GGCGUCGGCGGCGCGCGCGCUCCCUCCUCUCAGAGAGAGGGCUGUGGUAAAAGCCGUCCGGAAAAUGGCCGCCGCCGCCGCUGCCGCGCCGAGCGGAGGAGGAGGAGGAGGCGAGGAGGAGAGACUGGAAGAAAAGUCAGAAGACCAGGAUCUCCAGGGCCUCAAGGACAAACCCCUGAAGUUUAAAAAGGUGAAGAAGGAUAAGAAAGAAGACAAAGAGGGCAAGCAUGAGCCCCUGCAGCCACCAGCCCACCACUCUGCUGAGCCAGCAGAGGCAGGCAAAGCGGAGACCUCAGAAGGGCCAGGCACAGCCCCCGCCGUCCCGGAAGCUUCUGCCUCCCCCAAACAGCGGCGCUCCAUCAUUCGUGACCGGGGACCCAUGUAUGAUGACCCCACUCUCCCUGAAGGUUGGACCCGAAAGCUUAAACAAAGGAAGUCCGGCCGCUCCGCUGGGAAGUAUGAUGUGUAUUUGAUCAAUCCCCAGGGAAAAGCCUUUCGCUCUAAAGUGGAGUUGAUUGCGUACUUCGAAAAGGUAGGCGACACCUCCCUGGACCCUAAUGAUUUUGACUUCACGGUAACUGGGAGAGGGAGCCCCUCCCGGCGAGAGCAGAAACCACCUAAGAAGCCCAAAUCUCCCAAAGCUCCAGGAACUGGCAGAGGCCGGGGACGCCCCAAGGGGAGCGGCAGUGCGAGACCCAAGGCGGCAGCAUCAGAGGGUGUGCAGGUGAAAAGGGUCCUGGAGAAAAGCCCUGGGAAGCUGCUCGUCAAGAUGCCUUUUCAGCCUUCACCGGGGGGCAAGGCCGAAGGGGGUGGGGCCACCACGUCCGCCCAGGUCAUGGUUAUCAAACGGCCCGGCAGGAAGCGAAAAGCCGAGGCUGACCCCCAGGCCAUCCCCAAGAAGCGGGGCCGAAAGCCAGGCAGUGUAGUGGCGGCCGCCGCCGCGGAGGCCAAGAAGAAAGCGGUGAAGGAGUCUUCCAUCCGGUCCGUGCAGGAGACUGUGCUCCCCAUCAAGAAGCGCAAGACCCGGGAGGCCGUCAGCAUCGAGGUGAAGGAGGUGGUGAAGCCCCUGCUCGUGUCCACCCUCGGCGAGAAGAGCGGAAAGGGACUGAAGACCUGCAAGAGCCCCGGGCGGAAAAGCAAGGAGAGCAGCCCCAAGGGGCGCGGCGGCAGCGCCUCCUCGCCCCCCAAGAAGGAGCACCACCAUCACCACCACCACUCGGAGCCCCCGAAGGCGCCCGCGCCGCUGCUCCCGCCCCCGCCCCCGCCCCCGCCGGAGCCCCAGAGCUCCGAGGACCCCGCCAGCCCCCCUGAGCCCCAGGACUUGAGCAGCGGCGUCUGCAAAGAGGAGAAGAUGCCGAGAGGAGGCUCGCUGGAGAGCGACGGCUGCCCCAAGGAGCCAGCUAAGACUCAGCCCGCGGUCGCAACCGCUGCCACGGCCGCAGAAAAGUACAAACACCGAGGGGAGGGAGAGCGCAAAGACAUUGUCUCGUCCUCCAUGCCGAGGCCAAACAGAGAGGAGCCUGUGGACAGCCGGACGCCCGUGACCGAGAGAGUUAGCUGACUUUACACAGAGCGGAUUGCAAAGCAAACCAACAAGAAUAAAGGCAGCUGUUGUCUCUUCUCCUUAUGGGUAGGGCUCUGACAAAGCUUCCCGAUUAACUGAAAUAAAAAAUAUUUUUUUUUCUUUCAGUAAACUUAGAGUUUCGUGGCUUCAGGGUGGGAGUAGUUGGAGCAUUGGGAUGUUUUUCUUACCGACAAGCACAGUCAGGUUGAAGACCUAACCAGGGCCAGAAGUAGCUUUGCACUUUUCUAAACUAGGCUCCUUCAACAAGGCUUGCUGCAGAUACUACUGACCAGACAAGCUGUUGACCAGGCUUCUUAGGGUGUGCCUGCACCUCCCCUCCCACCCAGACCUCCCCCCUGUGUGGUCUUUAGGGACAGAGAGUGCUUGAGAGGACACGCCCGUUUUUGGUGCCAUUGGUGCCCCAGUCUGCCCUCUCGGCUCCCCCUCCCCUGCCCCACCACUACCCCCCAGCUCCCCCACCCACAUUGGGACAAGGAGGUGUGAGGCAGGAGAGACAGUUGGACUCUUUAGAGAAAAAGACAGAGAUGGCCAGUGGCUACAGCCCGUGUGAACUCACCCAUGGUGGCACAAAUCUGGCCCCACGCCAGCCCCAACCCAAAACCGACUAGGACAUUUCACGGGACAGGAAAGCGAGCACCUGUUCGCUCCAGUUCUGGCAUGGCUAGGAGGGAGUCAGUCCUUGAGCUGCUGCGUGUAGAUUGGCCUGAGCCAGAGGAGAGGACGGCCCGGGGCCGCGCUCCAGUGGGUGGAGCUCGAGAGAGGCCGCGGAAGCAGCGGGACGAGGGACGAGGCGCGGGCAGGCUGGCCCCGGCUCCUCCGGGUGGCAGAGAGCGGUGGGGCCGACAGAACUCCUAGUCGCUCAGAGCAGUCUGUGACUGGUAGAUUGAGGCCUAGUGGACAGGUUGGGGGGCCAGGGGAAAGGAGGGGAAAAUGUUCUUCCAAAACUUUCCAAUUCUACUCCUUUAGGGACAGCUUAGAACUAUUUGCACUAUUGAGUCUUCAUGUUCCCACUUCAAAACAAACAUGCUCUGAGAGCAAACUGGCUUGAAUUGGUGACACUUUGUCCCUCAAGCCACCAGACAUGAUGGUGUUUAGAACUACCUGGAUCUGUAUAUACCUGCGCUUGUUUUAAAGUGGGCUCAGCACAUAGGGUUCCCACGAAGCUCCGAAACUCUAAGUGUUUGCUGCAAUUUUAUAAGGACUUCCUGAUUGGUUUCUUUUCUGUCCUUCCAUUUCCGCCUUCUUUCAUUCACCCUUUCAUUUCUUCCCUCCUCAUUCAUCCCUUUUGCACCAGGCACCCACAGUUCCCAAUUUACCCAAGCUGAUGCUGGUCAGCUCAGGCCCCCACCUCUCACCCUGCCCUUGGCCUUCCCACUGCCAGCCCCGGCCCCCUCCGCACCUGUUCUGAGCCCUGAGGAAGCCCCGGGCUCUGCCAAGUCCACCUGGCCCUAGCACCUUGGCUUCUCGGCAGGGCAGGAGGGCAGCAUGAUCUUGCUCUCUUAGGGAGCUCCCUUCCCUGGUUAGACCCUGGAUUCUGGGCCUUCUGAACCUUCUACUUGAGAGAAAUGGGCAGGAGAAGCUGGGCGGAUUUGGAUUUGGGAGCUGAGGGUAGCAUAGAGGCCCCCUUGGCCUGCCAGAGUCAUUGAGUAACCCAGGCCUGACCUUGGCCCCUGCCAGACCCAGCUAGCACAGUGCAGCGCGACAAGGCAGCAGGUGGGAAGGAAUGUGGGUGCCCCAAGCCCGGGCUGGGACCAGCACCUGGGCCCCUGGCCCCUCUGCUCCUCCUUUAAAUUAACCACGAACUCUCUUCUGAUGGAGAAGGUGUGGCCUUUGCUUGCCGGAGACUGGGCGGGGCCAGUCUACUCCCUGUGUCCACCUCUGCGCCAGGGCCACGGUGCGGGGGGCUUAGAGGCUUGGCUUUGCUGCGGCUGUUCCUCGAUCAGUCUCCAUUUAGGGCCCCAUCCCCUCAUUCUCUGUUCAGGAAGUCCUUAUCUAGCUGCGUAUCUUCAUCAUAUUGGUAUAUCCUUUUCUGUGUUUACAGAGAUGUCUCUUAUAUCUAAAUCUGUCCAACUGAGAAGUACCUUAUCAAAGUAGCAAAUGAGACAGCAGUCUUAUGCUUCCAGAAACACCCACAAGCACGUCCCAUGCGAGCUGCUGCCAUGAACUGUCAAGUGCGUGUCGUCUCGUGUAUUUCAGUUAUUGUCCCCUGGCUUCCUUACUGCGGUGUAACCAUGAAGGAGUGAAACAUCCUACAAACCGUCUAGCACUUCCUUGCCAGUCCUUAGUGAUCAGGAACCAUAGUUGACAGUUCCAAUCAGUAGCUUAAGAAAAAAUCGCGUUUGUCUCUUCCGGAACGGUUAGAAGCAAGGGAGUUUGCCCCCAUUCUGUUCGCAGAAUCAUAGUUGGCUUUUGUAGCGCUUUUGUACCCAUUUCCCUAUGCUGCAAAAGCAAGUCCCACAACCAGGCCCACUCUGCUGUCGACCCUCUGGGCUUCCCUUCUGACUCCGCCCCAGGAAGGGAAGGGGGGUCGGAGGAGGAGGAGGCGAGUCCUUCAGGACCCCUCUUCCUUCAAGGACAAAAGGCUCCUGACCCCAAACUAGCCUCACACUCCCGGCACCAACGAAGGAUGCCUAUCCACGCGAUCAUAGCGUCCGGCCAGUUUGUCAUGGAGACGCCUUCCGUUCUGGUCGGUCGGGUUUUUAUGCAUUACACUUAGUCCAGUGGGAUGUGACUCCUGGAACCAGAGUCAGGGGCUGGCCUCCCCAUCAGCUUGGUACCAUCUGGUCCUGGGGAGACGAGUGCAGGGCCCGCCAUACCCCCCUUUCACCCAGGACCGUCCAGGGACUGACUGGGCAUUGGUGGUUGAGGGCACAGCGUUUCAAGUGUCGUUUUCCUUCGGCCCGGCCCGACCUGCAGCCCCUCGCUCCCCAGCUGCUGCUCCGUCCGACUCCAAAGCUGCAGGCCACGCCUGAGGCUCCCCAGGGUUUCUCUCCGUCCCCGUUGCCUCCGCUUUCCCUCUUCUGCGCCUGAGAAAGGCACUGCGAGGCAGUCACCAUCAGGCAGGCCGCCUUGAUGGUUUGUCGCCCUGACCGGCCGGGGCCCUGCAGCUCCCACACCAGCCCUGUCCUGGGUCAGGUUGGCAGGAGGUUGGAGGGAAAGCCAGGCCAUGGGAUUCUCACCAGCUGUGUCCAGCCCAGUUUGGGGAUGUGACCUCGAUUUUGUGUGUACUUGGCCACCCCGAAGAUUGGGGGCAUCUUUUAGGGACUGUGUGAAGAAUAGAGAAAUUAAGCAACGGCUUUUAGAUACCUGUUUGUGGGGCUAGGUCGCAGAGUCCCUUUCAGUCACCCCAACCCUCGUCCCGGUUGUUAGUCACUACCUCCUCUCCCAACAGAAUGCCGGAGGCCCUCGAGCUCCUCCCACAAUGCCCAGCCCAGCUCCGCCCCGCCCUGCCCAUUGGUGGGCCUGCCCUAACCAGUGGAAUUUCUGGCCUUGCCACUGUAGUGAGGCAGGGCACCGAGCCACAGCCGGGCACAGCUCCCUUCUGCCGCUGCUGAAUUCCCACAUCAGAAGACACAGGAGACACCUAGACAUGCCCCGUUCCCCAAGUCCAUCAGUGCCAAACUAUCCGAGACCCCAACCCCCCAACUCCCCGGAAGGUGAAAGCCGUGGUGGUGGCCUGGGGAUGCUGGCCGCAGCCGGCACCUGGCUUCUACUCCCGAGACCCCUGCAGGUGUGGGCAACAGUCUGUGCAAGGGUACCAUUCCAGGCUAGAGGCCACCAAUGGUGGCACUAGGACCUGGAGCAGCCCCAACUUGUCACCUGCUCCUCUGCCCAGCUCUUCACCGCUGUGACAGGUUGUGAAAGAGGGUAGUAGCCUGAAACAAACUGCCGUGUUUGGAGGGAAAGGAGUUUGUUUAGCUGACAGAACCUGUGCAUUUAAGUAAUUUUUAAUAAAGCAGCUGAAGCGCAGGAAGGAGCACAAGGUGGGAACUGAAUUCACCAGGUGGGGCCGGCUGGGUCUUGCAGGGCCCAGGAGAGCCUGGCCGCCGAACUCUGUGCCCCCUUUCCAGAGCAUUCCCGCCCGGCUCUCUGGGCUGAUGGAGCCAGGGAAGGUCGCAGGGGCCGGUUCUCAGAGACGCCUUCUGUGCACCCGUUCCUAGCCAGUGUCCCCCCAAAUCGUUUCCUGGUGGGAGCUUCACGCACAGAUUGUAGGACUGAUGGCCCAGAGACCUCAGGAAGCAAGCUAUGUCCAGAGCCCCGUGGGCCUUUGCCCAGCCAGUUCCCCGAGGCCUGGCUCAUGGUGUUGGGGGGCGGGGGGGGGGGGGCAAGCAUGGCAGUGUCGCCCAGCCUGUGGUAGAAGCCCUGCUCCUGUGCCCCCGCAGCCCCACCGUGUCGCGUUCCUGAGCUUGCUCUGUUCUCUGUAAGGACCCCCCUUGCUCUCUUCAUCAGUAAACUCGUCCACUCUGGAGGGGUUUGUUGAGUCUCCAUUUUUGCGUCUUUCUCUUUCAGAUACUCUAUCCAUCUGUACAAGAGGCAUAGUCUCAUUGUUAUACAUCGCUAGGAUACUGCCUCCCCCAGGGUCUGAAGUCACAUAUUAAAUGGGGGGGAAAAGUGAACACUGAAACCUGUUCUUGACAAUUCAGAAGGAAAACCUAGAAAACAUUUGGCAGAAAAUUGCAUUUCGAUGUUGCUGAAUGAAUAAGAGCAAGCUUUUGCAAAACUGCUGAUCUAAAAAUACCUGGAGCUCGGCCUGACACGUGGCGAGUGCCGCAGGAAGGGGGGGGCCGGCCUGAAGCUGCUGGGUCUGAGACUUGGGGCUGGCCUGGCACUGGACAGCCCCCUGUCCCGUGGGGCCGCCCGCCUGGUCCCAGGCCCGUAGGAGCCCGACGCUCCGUGUGGGAAGCAGAGUGGCCCCAGUGACUCCAGAGGCCUGCGACGUCCGCACCGCCGAGCGCCACCUGUACCCUGCUCCUUUCUCAUCUCAGCGGGGCCUUCCCCAAGUGCUCAUUUUUCAGGAAGAAGGGAGUUCUGACUAGAGCUCAGGCAACUAGGAAGGUGAGGGGGAGGGGUCCCUUUCGGCCUCGGCCGGUCCCCUGAGGACAUUGCCCCCCGCUCCGCUCUCCCUGGGGCCCAGGGCCUAGGUGAAGCGGCGCUCCCUUCCGCGCUCAGGGGUGAAGCCGGAGGCCUGAGCAGCCGUCGUGGUGUGUGUCCCCCUGGCCCCCCACCAGCGAGAGCCCCUGGGCCGGAGGGACAGCAGGCACAAGAACAGAUGCCAGGCAGAACCGAGACCCUCCCAAAGGGAAGUCCGGCCAUGGAGUUCGAGAGCAUUCGGGAAACCUGCAAACUGCCUUUGCUCCCCAGGCCCCGCCUAGCUUCCCUUUCCCCAGGUCCUCGGCAGCAAGAGGCAAUGAGGUGGAAAGGCCAAGAGGUUUGGCUCCUGCCCGCUGGCAGUCCCUCGCCCUGUGUUUGUGUGUCCAGUGACCGAGCUGUCCUUCCUGGUGACCCUGAUUAUACCAGUAUCUUACGAACUAGACGCAUAGGCCUGCUUGGUCUCUAUCCUGGGCUUUUGUUUUGCUUUUUAGCUUCGCUUUUAGUUUUUCUGUCCCUUUUAUUUAAUGCACCUACUAGACACACAGAGCAGUUGAAUUUUUAUAUAUAUAUAUCUGUAUAUUGCACAGUUAUAAACUCAUUUUGCUUGUGGCUACACACACACACACACACACACACACACAAGACCUGUUAAAAUUAUACCUGUCGCUUAAUUACAAUAUUUCUGAUAACCAUAGCAUAGGACAAGGGAAAAUAAAAAACAACAACAACAAAAAAACACAAAAAAAACAAAAACAAAAAAAAAAACCCCUACAAAUCUGUCUGCUGGUCACUUCUGUCCAAGCAGAUCCGUGGUCUUUCCUCGCUUCUUUCAAGGGCUUCCCUGUGCCAGGCUAAGGAGGCCCCAGGCAGCACCCGGGUUUUGCACUGUUUCUCCCAUGCUCGUGAGAGAGGUCCCAGGAUGCUGGUGCGAAACCGUUCCCGUCAGCGGGUGGGCGCGUGAGCGCUUCCUUGCCCCGGCAGAGCCUGGAAUGUAGUGGGCACCGCCUGGCCCCCUUUGACAUCUGGGGGGACAGCUGGAGUCCGCGGGGAGGGGGGGGGAUGACCCAACCCCCACCCCACCCCUCCCGGUAAUGCAGUCAGAGUGAUCCUACGGAUGGUGAGCUCAACAGGCCUCCCCACCAGCAGGGCUUCCACUUUGCCGAGGCUGGAGGGGAACGGGGAGGCCCGUCACGUCUCCGAAUGUGUGAGCUGCAUCAGGUAGCGCACCAGGGACCCCAGAACCACAUACGAGAAUCCACUGGGUCCCCUCUAGGAGGUGGCAAAGACUCCCAGAAACAUCCCUUUCUCUUCUCCCCCAUCCUACGAGUAACUGCAUUUGCUUUUGUAAUUCUUAACGAGCAAUAUCUGCUAGAGUUUAGCCGUAACCAUUCUUUUUGAUCGUUUUUUUAAGUAAAAAACACCAAAAAAAAAA